GUACACACUUCAAAUUAUAAAGGAAAAAACACAAAGAAUGGAAACAGAGUAUCUCUACUGCAUCUGGACUUUUCAGUUCUGUUCGAGCGCAGAAGAUGAAGUUGUUUGACGCCCACUGUUAUCUUCAAGACCCAAGAAUCUUCCAAAAAGCACCCCAAUUGAUUGCUUCAGCCAUCGAUUCCGGCGUGGUUCGCUUCGCCGUUAAUGGUGUCUCCGAGCAAGAUUGGCCUUUGGUGAAGCAGAUGGGCGAGUCUCUUCAUCCCCACAUAGUUCCCUGCUACGGUCUCCACCCUUGGUAUGUUGCAGGCAGAACACCCAACUGGCUCAACACCCUGAAACAGAACUUUGAUUCCACACCCUCUGCCGCAGUCGGAGAGAUUGGAUUGGACAAAGGGAUGAAGGUGAGGGGUGAUUUCGCCGAUCAGGUUCAUGUGUUCAGGCAACAACUGGAGCUGGCCAGGGAGUUAAAGAGGCCGGCGUUGAUUCACUGUGUUCGAGCUUUCGGCGACCUUCUUGAGAUAAUGGAAUCUUUGGGACCUUUUCCUGAAGGGUUUCUACUUCAUUCUUAUCUUGGCUCUGCUGAGAUGGUUCCUCAGUUUGCCAAUUUGGGUGGUCUCUUUUCGUUUUCGGGGUUUCUUAUGUCCAUGAAAACCAGCAAGGCCAAGAGGAUGGUGAAGGCAGUGCCAUUUGAUAGGAUUUUACUGGAGACAGAUGCACCUGAUGCAUUGCCAAUGUCUGAAGAACCGGAGUCGCUGCAGCGGGGUGAAGGUGAUGAUGCUUCGCUGAAUCAUCCUGCAAAUAUUCACAAUGUGCUGGUUUAUGUUGCUUCUUUGUUGGAGAUGGACAAUGAGGAAGUUGCAGAAGCAAGUUACCAGAAUGCUGUGCGUUUGUUCUCUUAUUAGGUUUCUGCAAUCCAGAUUCAUGUGAUACAAAAUGUACUUGCUGUUACUCAAAACUCAUCUCGAAAAGUUGGAAUAAGAAUCGCGUUGUAUCUCAUCUAUAUCGAAUUAUCAAUCUAUGUUUUCGUCAACACUUCGACAAAGGGUGAGGACGAGGAGGAGGCCAGGGACAUGGCAUGCUAUAGCAAUCUGCACUAUGAACUCUGCCAUACUGCUAUGAAAUUAUGAAUCAAACAUUUUGAUCUCAUACUCGCAGGAAAUAAUCUUCGAAUAUGAAUCCAGAUUAAAAGUAUGACAAUGUCACAUUGCCUACCAAGUCUCAUUACCAGCCACUUGACAUGUUUUACGCCAAACAAUAUUGAAAGUAUCAUAUCUGAUAUGAUUCUAUAUCAAUGGAUGGCAGAAUUUGCAUGUUC